AACAAAAUAGAUGAUUAAUAACUUUUACUGGCUAUUGUUGAUCAGUUAACAGGUAUCUAUCAUCACCGUUGCUUGUCACGUAGCUCAAGGAUGCCACAGAAUCUCAGUUGGAUGAAUCGGUCAUGAUAUGUACCAGAGGUUAUGUCGAUUGUAAGAUAGCCUUCAAACUAUCAACAGGCAUAGUCGCGAUGUCUUCCAAUCCAGCUCCAUUACUUCACGUCGUGACCGGUGGGAACAAGAGUCUCAAAGGGCCAUUGUUCUGCGCGAUGAUCAGGGCCUGCCUACUAGCCGGAAGAGUAUACAUCGCAAUAGUCAUUGAUACAGGAGUUAUUGCUGGAUUAGCUCUCUGGUUUCCUCCAGGGAAAGUUCUUUGGAAAAAUGAUGCGCAGAAAAACCAUGGCUUCAACCACUUCUUGGAGUCUCUGUCAUCCAAGACCAGAGAAUGGCAGACUACCACUUAUGGUUCUGCAUUGGCCCCUUUCAUCAAAACGGCGCUGUCUCAUGUGCGUCCAAUCCUGUCAUCCAAAUUUUUCUUCGAAUUAUUUUCAGACUGUCGACAGCUCCUGGAAGCUGUAUUGACAGGUCUGUCACGGCAGCGGCAGUUCAUGCGUGAAUGCGUCAGAGCACUUACUGGCGAUUUCAUACCCACCGGCAAAUGUUCUUGAGUGUACUUCCAACGUCUACAUCAAUCUUUCCUAACCAUAGAAGAAAGAAGGUCGAGAACCACCAGUUAGAGGGCUAAAGACGGUUCUGAAUCUGGGAAAUCAAUGCCCUUGAAAGGACACUGAGCAGAAUAGACUCAGUGAGUCUUCAAUUUGAGUUCAACAACGAGUGUGGUAUCGUAGUAUAUGACGCACACCCGGGCCAUGCAAGGGACUGAAAUAAAUAA